AUGGAAGUUACCUCCUCCAUCUCAACGACCGUCAUCCCUGAAGUCUUGCAUCCUACCCUUACUAAAGUUCUCGAGAAUGAACUUGCUGUUGAAACAAGUCAUGUUAUUAUUCAGAAAGGAAUCGUUGAUAUUAGGCAGGAUACUAAUGACCAACUUGAUUCUUCUGAAAAAUUUGAAUUCGAGAAAAAGAUUCCUCUCUCCAUAAAUGUUGCUCCUAAUGCUCUUCCUAUUCACGAUCAAUGUAAUUCAGAGACUUUGGUUACCCCAACCCAGGCUAACCCUGGAUGUUCAUUUAAUGACGAAAAUACUCUAAAUUUGUUAAAUAGAAGGCCAGGUGCCCCCGCUCAAUUGAAUCUGAUGGUAAAGCAGCAAAAACAACAGAAACACCAAAAGGAACAAAAGCAUGACUCUGCAAAAAAUAAAAUCUCAAGAUCUGUGGUGUCCGCGGAUGUUUCUCCAUCUCCUUUACUGUCGCCGAAAAUUAUUGAAUUGCGUCGUUCGGAAUCUUUUCAAAACAAAUCCACUUCCAAUGAUGAAUCCGCGGUAGAUUCUACGUCAUCUUCACCUCUGACCAUUCCCCCAGAUCAAAGAUGGCAAAUUGCAAGAGAUUAUGUCUUAAAAGUAUCACCCGCUUUGGGAGCGCUUCCUAAAGGUGAACUUGAUAAAGAUUUGCUCGCGAGAUUGGAACAAGAGAACUCUCAAUUGCCACCACAGAACUCCACGGAAUUUUUGCUCGCGCGUCUUGAACGUCAAAAUAAUAUCUUGGAUAAUGAUCCAAAAUCCGUGUGCAUUCAAUCAAACGUUCUCAAGGCUAAUCUUGAAACUGUGCAAUCAUUAAUUGAUGAUAUUAACUCAAGUCCCACAAUCGAAAAUGAAAAUGAUAUUACCGAUUUGAUUCCAAUCCUUAACGAGAAUGGGAAUGACGCUGAUGAUGCUUCAAAAACUAUCGACUGGGAUUUCUGGUCCGCUUUGGUUCAGGACUAUUCAUCGGUGGCUACGAAAUUACCUCACCUCCUUUCCGCGAAAUUACAGCAAGGUCUACCUCCAAAAUUGAGAGGUUUGGUUUGGCAAUCAAUGUGUCAAGCUUCUUCCACCUACUUGGAAACAAUGUAUUCUCAAUUGUUGUCCGAAUCCUCUCCAUAUGAAAGGAUCAUUGAACGUGAUCUUGCAAGAACGUUCCCUCAUAUUGAAAUGUUUAAAGAAGAAAAUGGUAAAGGUCAGACCAUGUUGUGGAAUGUGUUGAAAGCGUACUCUUUGUAUGAUAAUUUGGUUGGAUAUUGUCAAGGUCUUGGAUUCUUGGUGGGACCACUUUUAAUGAAUAUGAGCGAGGCACAGGCAUUUUGUGUAUUUGUUCGAUUGAUGGAAACCUAUGAUAUGCGAACAAUGUUUACAUUAAAUAUGGAGGGACUUCAACUUCGUCUUUAUCAAUUUUCGGCCCUUCUCUCGCAGAUACUUCCAAAGCUUAGCGCACAUUUUCAACAUCAUGUGGUACAUGCGGCAAUGUUUGCUUCACAAUGGUUUUUAUCAUUAUUCGCUUAUACGUAUCCAUUACCUUUGGUCCUUCGGAUUUAUGACGUAGUGUUUGCAGAAGGGGCUCCCGAGACAAUCAUGCGCGUAGCCAUUGCGUUGCUAAAGAAGAAUGAGACGAAUUUACUUGAGAUCGGUGAAUUUGAGGACUUAUUGGAAUUUCUUUCAUCGAGACUUUAUGAAGCAUAUGAUAAUGAACCAACCGGUUUAAUCAAGGAUGCGAUGGGUCUGAGUAACGUGAUUACCAAAGCCAAAUUGGAUCAAUUGGCUACAAAUUACGUUAAAGAUUUGGAGGAACAAAAGAAGCGUGCGGAAAAAUUGGCGGCGAUCCGGUUCAAAGAAAGGCUGUCUCAAACAGAGAAAAAGAAGGAAGCAAAACGAAAUAAUAAACCGGAAAAACCAAAACGUUGGUCAUUUACGGCACUCCCGAUUUCGAGACAAUCAGUUGCUUCAUCAUCUUCUUUAAAUAAUGUAUCCAGUGAAGUUUCAUCUUCCGACGAUGAAAAUGCGGCACCAUCUCCCAUGGCAGUCGCGUUUACACCAGACAAGAUGAAUUCCGGACUGUUACAUCAACAAAUCGAAGAUUUGGUUGCAGCAUUGUCCCAACUUCAAAAGGAACACGCCGAUGUAACCGAACAAUUGGUCAUUGUAAAGAUGGAAAAGAUGGAUUUGGUCACGGAAUUGGAAGACGUAAAGAAAAAUGCUCGUGGACUAGAGAAGGAAAAUAAGCGAAUGUCAUCGUUAUCAAUGUUUUCCCUUGACCCUAGCGACUAUGAUGUCAGGGAAGGGGCCAUUUCAUCAAAGAGGACUUCAUUAAAUUCUUUGGGAAUGUUAAACCAAUUGCCCGAAGAUCAUGAUGUAACACCAAGACCAUCAACGGAAGUUGGAAUUAACCACGUUUUUAAGAGAAGAACGUCGGAUUCGGACGUAUUGAAAAAGCCACGUCGUGGUUCGGUAACGAGCUUUAUGUCGAUGUCAAGAUUAUCCUCAACGUCAUCAUCCAUGUCAUCCAUCCGGUCAGCUAAUACGUCACCGACGACAUUUUUAUCUACGCCGGAUACCUCAGAAUUUGAUGAAAUCGAUUUGAGCGACGAACAAAAUAAAAACGGAACGCAAAGCGAUACGGCAUUAACGGACGAACUAAUACAAGUCAAGAUGGAGAAAUUAGAUUUAUUGCAAGAAAACGAUGAACUGCACAAGAGGAUUCAUGAAUUGGAGGAUACCUUGAAAAAUUCACAAAUUGCAAAUGAAUUGUUACAAGAGAAGAAUAUAUUCUUGAGAGGAGAGAUUGAAAGAUUAGAUGAUGAAGCGGCACAUGCGGUUUAUGAAAAAAAUUCAAUGGAACACCAAGUCAAGGAAUUGAAAUCGCAAAAUGGAAAGUUAAUUAAAGAGAAUGGAAAGUUUAAGAAGGAAAUAGAAUCGCUAAAAGUAAUGUUGGAAGAAUCCGUAGCAACAGACUCCGAUGAUGAAAUAUAUUAUGACAAUAGUGAUGUAUUGCUCGAUGAUGAUAGUAGCAUAAGAAGCGGAAAAAGUUCAUUUUUGAAUUUCUUUACCGGCAAUUCAUUUAGAAGGGGAAGUGAAACGGCAAAAUCCACAUCAUCAUCAGUACAAGAAGAUGGAUUUGACAUAAUAUCGCAAUGUAAUGAAAUGUGCGGUUCGGUCAAAAGAGUUAAUGAAUUAGAACAGAUGUUGGCGGAUGUUAAAUUACGGUUGGCGGAAAGUGAAGAAGCGAGAGAAUCGAUCUGUUCACAAAUGGAGGGAUUAAGGUCGUUGGUAAAUGGGUUAACCGAAGCUGGAAGACCAAAAUCACCUAAUAACGGUGCAAUUUCUCCAAAGAGUAGACAAGAUAAGCGAAUAAGUUCGAUGUCUUUAUCAUCAUUUUUCGGUGGUUCAUAA